ACAAAAGCAUGCCGAAGAAACUAAUUAAAAGUGCAUCCCCUCAACAUUACUCCGUAUUAUAGUCUAUAUAAAUACACACAAAGUUUCCCAUGCAUCUUGAUCAAAACAAUAAUAAUUUCAUCGCAAAAAAAGAAUAAGCACAAAUAUAAUGGCCUCUUCAUCCAAACAACUUCUUUACUAUCUUUCACUUUCAGCGUUUCUUGUGAUUUCCAAUUACGCGGAGACUUCCAAGGCGUGGUACCUCGACGACGGCGAGGGGGGCGAUUCAAAUUCAGGUAUGGAAUACUACUUCCCAUCACCGCCGCCGCCGCCGCCGAGCAUGGAAGAGAGGCACCGGUGCGAAGACGUGAGGUGCCGUUUUCCGUCGUGUUUGGAUUACCUGAGUGGGGCGGAAGACUCGCCGUCGCUGACGUGUUGCACAAACCUGGAAGCUCUCAACUGCAUCGCGAGAGAGGAAGGUCCACGUAGGAUCUGUCAGUGCAUCGAGGACUUGCGUCCAUCUCUCCUUGAAUCUCGGAUUCGUGGGAUCUACAAGGAGUGUGGGAUUCACCUCAGUUUCCCCAUUUCUCAACAUAUGGACUGUUCAAGUGUUUAGGGGAUUUGGAGCUUCUCAAAGUUUGAAAAUUCGAUCUGAUCUCUUGCCACAUACAUACGUACCUUGCCUAUACGUAGUAUUUAAUACUAGUAUUUCUUUUUGGUUUUGAACACAAUGCUCUACGCAUGUUGUAAGAUGGUGUACAUUCAAUAUCUUUGAUUUCUUCAUGACUUCAUUACUACUAUACAUUAUUUACAAAAGUACAUUAACUAAUGGAUAAAAAAUCAAAAUAAAAUUAAUGGGUCA